AUGAUUGGGUGGGAUGACAUAAGUUCUUUGAAGGAAAAUUUACAAGCAAAUCAUCUUUUGAGGGAUUCAAAUCUAGUUUUAUCGCUUUUAUGUCAUGGAUCUAUGGCCAGCUUAGAACAGAGACAAAUAUUUGAAAACACAGAAAAUGGGGUGAGAAAGAUGGUUUUUGCUACAAAUAUGGCUAAAACAAGUAUCACAAUAGACGAUGUUGUUUUUGUUAUUAAUUAUGGAAAAGCCAAAGAAACAUCAUAUGAUGCUUUGAAUAAUACCCAUUGUCUCCUUCCUACUUGGAUAUCAAAAGUUUCUGCUAAACAAAGGCGAGGUCGAGCAGGGCGUGUUCAGCCAGGAGAAUGUUACCAUUUAUACCCUUGA